AUGGCCAUAAAUAAGCCCUUCCGUCUCUAUGAUGAGCGCAAACUACUUCCGGCUCGCUUGUUAUUUCAAGUGCAACGCCAUCUGGCUGCCACACGCCGCCAGCAGCCUGUUUCAUCAGUCGGCCAGUCAUUUCAGCUGCAACCCAACCAACCCUUACAACAACAACAGCAAUAUUUAUCUGAUCAACAUACAGUUCACUUUUCGACAAAUUCCCUACAACCGUCUGGGCGACCUGCUAACCCAAUAAGCAUUGCUUCAUCCACGAAUCCUACUUCUAUGCUGACCGAUGUGAGGGAUGGUCCCGCAAAGAUCGCCUCACCUCGGACUCGAGAGUCGUUGGCCAACCCAGGAACAUGGCUAUAUGGCCACUAUUCUUGGCACCCAAACUUUGCUAAAAACAAGACAGUGCAUCAUAAUAACGCUACUUCUUCCAGGUAG